GAGGAUUGCACGGACAGAGCGCGAGCGCAGGCUGGAGGGAAACUCGGGCUGCACGCGGACUUCCAGCACCGAGCUGAUUUUUUUUUUUUUUUCCUGAAUUAACGGGAGGAGUCCGGUUUCUGUGAAAUUCGGAUUCGUGGCUGCUUUCAAAGCUCAGAGUAACUUUCCAAGUGAUUUUAAUUCGCACCGGAAGAGCGCUUCUCGUUCCUCCUGUUGCCUCCCAGCGGAUGCAGAACAUGUUGUGGAAGAUGUUUUGAGGAUGCAAACAAACAACCCGCUCGGACCGGACGGGACGGAGAAGAGCAGCACGCGCUGCUUGUUCAUGACCGGCGCAUUAACGCUGCACGCGCUCGGACGUGAUGGAGAGACGCGGUCACUCGAGCUGAGGCGCGCGCGCGCAAGUGUCAAAUCAUUAUAAAGAAUAAGCGCAAAGUUGUUUGUUUGUUGUUGUUGUUGUUUACCCCCCCGCAGUGCAGCAGCGCUUUACUCCUUCUCUCAGACUUGCUGACUGUGUUUAAAGUGUGUAAAGUCGCGCUGAUGACAUGGGCUGACUUCGUGUCACCGAAAAGGGACCGACGAUGUUGCGACGCAGCGCGCGCGUCUCGUUCGGCGGCCGCUCGCUGCUCGCGCUCCUGCUGCUGCUGUUUCCGCUGCUGGGCUUCGCGCGAGCCUGUCGCGAGCUCCUCUCCAGCGGCUGCAGCUGCACGGACGAGCGCACCAAGAGCCACACGGUGCAGGCGGGCGCGCGCAGAAGAGUGAGCUGCGCCGGUAAGGAGCUGACGGACACGCCGGAACCGAACCUCAUGCCGAACCGGACCAUUUCUUUAAACCUAAGCAACAACCGCAUCCGUGUCCUGAGGAAUGGCUCCUUCGCUGGCUUGUACUUACUGGAAAAACUGGACCUGAAGAAUAAUCUGAUCAGCACCAUCAUGCCUGGAGCCUUUCAGAGUCUAACAGCGCUGAGAAAACUUGACCUGUCCAACAACCGGAUUGGCUGCCUGACUCCAGAUAUGUUCCAGGGACUCACCAACCUCACCAAAUUGAACGUUUCGGGAAACAUCUUCUCUUCGCUGGAGCCCAACAUUUUCCAGGAGCUUCCCUCACUGAAGCUGGUGAACUUUGACUCGGAGUUCCUGUCAUGUGACUGCGGCCUGCAGUGGGUGCCGGGUUUCUUUCGCACAAGUUCAGCCAGACUCGGAGAUGAGACGCUCUGCAUGUAUCCUCGAAGGUUCCAGAACAGACCACUGCGAGAACUCAAGGAGAGCGACCUGACCUGUGAAGGCCCCUUGGAGCUGCACACUCUGUUUCUCUUACCCUCACUACCCCAAAUAGUAUUUAAAGGAGACAGGCUGCCGUUCCAUUGUACUGCUGCCCGGGUGGACAAAAUCACUGCCGUCCACUGGCGUCACAAAGGCCAAAUUGUCAGUAACAACCCCGACAAUGGAGUUCUUCUCGAGGAAAGUGUUCUACACGACUGCACUGUCAUCACCAGCGAGCUGAUCUUGUUGAAUGUGCAUGUCGAUGCGAGCGGCGAGUGGGAGUGUGUGGUGACGACAGGACGAGGGAACGUCUCGCGGAGUGUCGAGAUUGUGGUUCUGGAAAACAGCGCCACCUUCUGUCCUGAGCAAAGAGUGUCCAAUAAUAGAGGAGAGUUCAGGUGGCCAAGAACUCUGGCUGGAAUUACUUCAUAUCAGUACUGCCUGCAGCUGCGUUAUCCAUCCCUGGCUGGAGGGGACACUGCUGAUCAGAAGAGGGCAUCUCGCUACUGCGAUCGCUCCGGUCGCUGGGAGGAAGGAGACUACUCUCAGUGCCUUUACACCAAUGACAUGACCAAUGUCCUACAUAAGUUCAUACUGAUGCCCAUUAAUACCUCCAAUGCUGUGACACUGGCACACCGGGUGAGGACGUACACGUUGGAGGCAGCAGGCUUCACAGACACGGUGGAUGUUUUCUACAUUGCACAGAUGAUGCAUAAAUUCAUGGAUUAUCUUGAUCAGUCACGUGAGAUGUCGGAGGUGCUGGUGGAGAUGGGCAGUAACCUGAUGCAAGUGGAUGAUCAGAUCUUGUCUCAGGCUCAGAAGGAGAAGAGAGCAUGCAGCUCGAUAGUUUGCUCUCUGGAGACCUUAGCAUGGCCACAGCUUCACCCGAAUUCCCAGGAUCUCUCCAUGAUAUCUCGGAACAUCGUGAUGGAAGCUCACUUGAUACGCCCCGCCCACUUCACUGGCAUGACCUGCACCGCCUACGAGAGACGAGACAGCUCCGGUGCCAGUGGAUUAGAUGCGAUAGACUCCACCUACGAGCAGCAGUUACGCUUCCGUUGUACAACAGGAACCCAUAACGUCUCACUAACCGCUUUCCCUUUAAAGAAUGCCGUAGCACUUGCUUCGGUCUCUCUGCCUCCAUCGCUGUUCCCUCCAAACGCCCCUGCUGAUUGUAAACUGCAGUUUGUAUUUUUCCGUACCGGAAGAUUCUUCCCAUUUAUUGGAAACUCCAGCAGCGUAGCUCGUAGGAGGAGUGUGAACACGCCGGUCAUCUACGUCGGCCUCGAUGGAUGCACCAUGUGGAACCAGUCAGCUCCCAUUAUUGUGUCACUGCGACACAUAUCACCUGGUAAUGAUCCAGUGGCUGCACACUGGAGUCUGCAGGGGCUCAAGCAUCAUGGGAGUUGGAGUACAGACGGCUGUCAGUUAGCGCACAGUGACGCUAGCAUCUCAACGCUACGGUGCGCCGUACUCAGUAACUACGCAGUGCUUCAGGAGGUGCCUGAUUUCCCAGGUCUGACUCCUGCUCCUGUGGAAGUACUCCACCCGGUGGUGUACGCCUGCACUGCAGCGCUCCUCCUCUGCCUCUUCACCAUCAUCUUUACAUACAUACUGCACCACAGCUCUAUUGGAAUUACUAGGAAAAGUUGGCACACCCUGCUCAAUACCUGUUUUCACAUUGCCAUGACAACAGCGGUGUUUGCUGGGGGCAUCACUCUAACUAGCCACCCAAUUGCGUGCCAAACGGUGGGCAUUGUUCUCCACUAUUCGUCAUUGUCCACUCUGUUGUGGAUUGGCAUCAGCGCACGGGUGCUCUAUAAGGAGGCCUUGUGGCGGUCUCCACAGCAACCAGAGGGCGAGGCUACAGUGGUGCCCACUCAGCGGCCCAUGCUCAGGUUUUAUUUGAUAGCCGGCGGCGUUCCAGUCAUCAUAUGUGGAAUCACUGCAGCUGUCAAUAUUAACAACUAUGGGGACAAUAUUCCUUACUGUUGGUUGGUAUGGCAGCCCAGUAUUGGAGCUUUCUAUGUUCCUGCUGGCCUGGUGAUCCUGGUGACCUGGAUCUACUUCCUAUGUACCAUUACACGCUUGGGAUGCCAAACUUCCCAGAGUGCCAAGGAACCUCCAUGCUCCACCUCUGGAUCCUCUCCCUUACCCGAAGCCCAGCCAGCUCUAAGUGGCAGCACUAGUUUACUUUCAACGGACUCUGCAGUUGGCCCAAUGCAUGCUGGAAUGGUGCAGGAGGACCAGUACUCUCUGAAAGUGCAGUUCUUGGCACUGGUGGCGACUCAGUUUGUGUUUUUGCUUCUGUGGUGUUGUGGUGCGAUGGCUAUGUGGCACGUGGACAGAGAGAGGAAGUUAUUCAGCUGCCUGUAUGGGGGAACGGCGACAGGGCUGGGAAUCUUCUUGGUGCUCCAUCACUGCUUCAAACGCUUGGAUGUCCAGGCAGCUUGGCUCGGAUGUUGCCGUGGGUACCAUCGCUCACAGCCGAUUCCAGCCUACAGCCAACCCUGUAGUGCCACCGCUGGAGUCCAGAGCACUUCUGAAAGGGGCUCGCAACUUUUUGUUGGCUCUCUUCCUCCAGCAGAGCAAAGCAACUACUCUUCUUCUGCCAGGUCAUCCUCCACGCCAAGUGGCACCAGCAGUAUCGGCACUGGACCCUGCAAGCUCACCAACCUUUUGCAGGUGACGCAGGACAAUGCCAACAACGCUACACGUGCACUGGCAGGCACCAAUACCAGCACCAGCACAGACAACAACACCAGCAGCAAACCUGCCAACAACCUGGUGCUGCCCAGUGUUAGCACCACACUACCAGUUCAGCAGCAACAGCGAAAAAAGACUAGCAGUAGAACUAAGGCAGGAAGUGGCCAGUACCACCACCGGGGGGAGGGAAGGGGACAUUAUCGUCUGAAAGCACUACGAGGGGGUGGGGGCAGUGUAGGUGCCUUGGGCCCACCUGGGGUGGACCAAGUCAACAUUCAUCAUGUUCACAGAUAUGCAUCCAGCGAGAAUGGAAGUCUCCGAAACAGCCAUUCGGAGAGCCAUAAUGGUCCGUUGACCAAUGGUAGGCACCGUGGGGAAGGACCAGGAACGAGUCCUUCAGAAGGAAGUGAUGGAGGAAGCAGUGGAAGCAGGAGGCCUUUCCCACUUUUGCCCUCCAUAGCAAGUCGCGUUGCAAUGCAACAGAAUGGACAGAGGCGCAGUGCAAGCAGGGACAACCUUAAAUUGGUCACUGCGGCUGAUAAAGACUUUAAACGAGGUUCGUAUCUGUUGAACACUGACACCAGAACAGCUACGGGAACUACAAGUGGCACAACCUCAUCAAUGCUACCUGCCACAUCGAAUGGAAUGCUAAAAGGUUCGGUGAUCGAACUGGACGCAAGUGGAUCCGACCAUUCACAGGGGUCAGUUGGGAUGAGGCCUGGGGUUUGGAAGAGUGAGACAACGGUCUGAUGGCGACACAAGUGAGCUCUAGCUAACAUUCUGUGUUGAGGGAAGAGUAUGGUGGGCAAGAACCUCAAUGCCUCAAUCCCAAGUGAAACACAUGGUUUCCUCCAGGAUUAGCCUCCCUGACGUUUUGUUUUCAGUAAUGUUCAGUGAUUUUCAAACAGUUUGCACCUUCCAGAAGCAUACCAGACCAUUUACCAGGUAACUACUCAUGUAUUUGUUGAGGCUUUAUGAGGGAUCCUGUAUAUUUUGGUGCCAAAUAAAGCAGGAGGCUUGUUGUUUUGGGCCUUAUUGUAUUGUUUUAAUAAAAAAUAAAUAAAUAAAUGAAGGGAUAUACAUAUAUGCAAAAAUAGAACCCUUUCCAAGUCAGUACUUUUCCUCAUGAAUUGGUGCAACAGUAUCGUUUGUGCGUGAUGUACUUGUUGUUUUUUUAGAAUAUAUCGAACAUGAGGUUUAGAAGCUAUUGCUAAAAAGUGAACAUCUUACGGUAUGUGUAAGCUUAAACCUUUUUAUCCAUUUUGAUCUAUGCAUAUCAGUGGAAAUGGACCACAAAGUGCAUUCCGAGUUCAUUUUGCAUUUGUUUGCUUUGUACAACCUUUUUUUUUUUUAAAUACUUAAUGUGUUUGUCGUGCUUUGUAUCUGUUGGUUAUUUGGGCGAACGUGCACAUGUGAUAGUGAGAGAUGUAUAUGUCAGAAUGUAUGUAUGUAUGUAUGUAUGUAUGAAAGAAUGUAUGGAUGUAUUAAUUGACUAUUACAGACAGUAUUUAGCUCUGUUCCCUCUCCAGCACUGAUAAACACCUCUUGGCCUUACCUAAUCGUUCCAGUAUUAAGGGCUUGCAGUGAGUUCGCUUCCUCUCCAUGCUUUAUUUGUGGAAUACAUAUUGGCACUGGGGGAUGAUGGUCAUGCUGUUCUUUUUUUUUUUCCCCCUGCAGAUAAGUCAAAGCAGGAAAUAACUCAAGUCUAUGGGUUAUUACUGUCCUUUUGUAUCAAAGGUCUAUAUUGUAAUGAAAAACACAGGUUUAGACUGCCCUCUAGCGGAUCAUUCAUGCCAUUUAUCAAACGCACUGCCAAACCAAACAUACCACCAAAUGAUAAAGGCUAUAAAUGGUGAUUUCAUUCUUGUUGUAUGGAAAGAAAUUUGGGUGGAGAAGAAUUGUAUUUGCAAUCAUGUCUAACAUGGUUUUCCCAUAGCACUUGGAAAAAGUCCAGUCUUUCUUACACCUAAGUGAAGCACAAACAAUGUAUUCGCAGAUUCAGGGUAUUUUUCCUUUUCUUUUCUCUUCUUUUCUUCCUUUCUAUCUAUCUAUCUUUCUAUCUUUCUUUCUUUCUUUCUCAGGCAUGUUCAUUGCUACUGUUGUACUGACAUUUUUGUUCACUGCUAAAAUCUACCUAGCUUUUCUCUGAUUGUUACAAAUACACAGCCAGCCCCCCCCAAUUAAAAAAACCAACCUCAGUAUUACUAUCUAACAAAAAAAAAUUACGUUAUUCCAUGAAAUCGAGUCGUACAUGAGCUGAUAGUCGAUGAGGUGCGUAGCGCCGAGUCGGCUAUAAGCCAUGUAUGACGAGAUUGAGUGGAAUAACUCUUUUAUUCUAUCCACAUUCACUGGAUUUUGAAAAACAGAGCAUUUUUAUUUCUAUUUUUUGCCAAUUUGAUAAAACCUUUAUACAAAACGUCCGACAAAAUAAUUUCCGCUUAGGCGGACUUCUUAAAACCAAAUCAGUGGCUGCACUAAUUGACUUUAGGGUUGUUUUUUUGUAGAAAGUGCCGUUUUGCUGUCGUGCCAAGGUAUAGAAUAGCUUUAGACAUGUAUUUAAUUCUUCCUUGGACAUUUCAGUGAUAUCAUUUUCAAACUUCUUUGAGCGUUUGAACCAGUCUAAAAAAAUUCAACAAAUUAAGGAUGAAGAACGUAAGCAACCCGAUGAAAUGGCAGGAGCAAUUUGUGAAAAUGCUAUAAUAAUAAUAAUAAUAAUAAUAAUUCUUGAAAAAUAAAAAAAGAUAUGUUCUUAGUAUGCCCUGUGAUGACCUGGCGACUUGUCCAGGGUGUACCCCGCCUUUCGCCCGUAGUCAGCUGGGAUAGGCUCCAGCUUGCCUGCGACCUUGUAGAACAGGAUAAAGCAGCUAGUUGAUAAUGAGAUGAGAUGUUCUUAGUAUCAAAUACUUUCAUUCCAUAUUUUGUUGCUUUUUUUGUGUAUUUUUGGGGGUUUUGUUUUCAAGUAGUUUUUAUUUCAUCCUUGGUUGGUUCAGCAACAUGCUCCGCCAUUUUGUUUUUCUCUACUCACGGUAUAGGAGCUGAUAUCCUGGUAGUAGAGUAGCCAAUCAGAGCGCACGAUUGCUCAUAUCCAGUGAAUGUGGAUAUAAUAAAGAUUUAUAUACAGUGGUGCUUGAAAGUUUGUGAACCCUUUAGAAUUUUCUAUAUUUCUGCAUAAAU